ACGUAGACAUAUCAAACUACAGACAGUAAACUCCUAUGAAAAAAAAAAUAUAAAAUUUAACAGCGAUUGUGAUAAGCAUAUCGGUAAGGAUAUGCAUUGCAGGAAAAUUUAGAUAUGAUUGACAGCGGCAGCUAUAUUCGGAGUUGUAUAAAUAUACAUCCAAAGCUAAGCUUCCAUAUCACAAAAUCAUAUAAUAGAAAUCUGUCCUUUUUUCCAUGGAUCCAAGCAAGUUCAUUCCAUCAAGCGCCAACAAUACUCCCUUCUGGACAACUGAUGCUGGUGCUCCAGUAUGGAACAACAACUCCUCCAUGACUGUUGGAACCAGAGGUCCAAUCCUUCUGGAAGACUAUCAUAUGAUAGAGAAACUUGCCAACUUUACCAGAGAGAGGAUUCCAGAGCGUGUUGUCCAUGCCAGGGGAAUGAGUGCAAAAGGUUUCUUUGAAGUCACCAAUGAUUUCACUCACCUUACUUGUGCUGAUUUCCUUCGAGCCCCUGGAGUUCAGACUCCUGUCAUCGUUCGUUUCUCCACUGUCAUCCAUGAGCGUGGCAGCCCUGAAACCCUCAGGGAUCCUCGAGGUUUUGCCACCAAGUUUUACACCAGAGAGGGUAACUUCGAUAUUGUGGGAAACAAUUUCCCUGUCUUCUUCAUCCGUGAUGGAAUCAAAUUCCCAGAUGUGAUUCAUGCAUUUAAGCCAAAUCCCAAGUCUCACAUCCAAGAAUACUGGAGGAUCUUUGACUUCUUAUCACACCACCCUGAGAGCUUGAGCACUUUCGCUUGGUUCUUUGAUGAUGUUGGGAUUCCUCAAGAUUACAGACACAUGGAAGGCUUUGGUGUUCACACUUUUACUUUCAUCAACAAGGCUGGAAAAGUAACCUAUGUGAAAUUUCACUGGAAACCCACUUUGGGAGUCAAGUGUUUGAUGGAUGAUGAGGCACAGAAGAUUGGAGGUGUCAACCACAGCCAUGCUACGCAAGAUCUGUAUGAUUCCAUUGCUGCUGGCAACUAUCCUGAGUGGAAACUAUUUAUUCAGACAAUGGAUCCAGCUGAUGAAGACAAAUUUGACUUUGAUCCACUUGAUAUGACUAAGAUCUGGCCUGAGGAUAUGUUUCCUCUGCAGCAACUUGGGCGUCUGGUGUUGAACAGGAACAUCGAUAACUGGUUUGCUGAGAAUGAGAUGCUUGCGUUCGAUCCUGGUCAUGUGGUUCCUGGGAUUCACUAUUCAAAUGACAAGCUGUUCCAGCUUAGGACAUUUGCUUAUGCUGAUACUCAGAGGCACCGUCUCGGACCCAACUACAAGAUGCUGCCUGUUAAUGCUCCCAAGUGUAAUUAUCACAACAAUCACUAUGAUGGUUUCAUGAAUUUCAUGCACAGAGAUGAGGAGGUGGAUUACUUUCCAUCUAGGUAUGACCCAGUUCGCCAUGCGGAGAGAACCCCACUUCCUCAUGCUAUUAUCAGUGGAAGACGUGAGAAGUGCGUCAUUGAGAAGGAGAACAAUUUCAAGCAGCCUGGAGAUAGAUACAGAUCUUGGACUCCUGACAGACAAGAAAGAUUCCUCUGUAGAUUGGUUAACGCCUUAUCAGACCCUCGCAUCACCCAUGAGAUUCGCAGUAUCUGGGUCUCAUACUGGUCUCAGUGCGACAAAUCUCUUGGUCAGAAGCUUGCAUCUCGUCUCAACGUGAGGCCAAAUUUCUAAAGUCUAAAGGUGGCGAGUUCUCAGGAAGAGAGAAAACGACAAUACUAUUGUUAAUUUCCAGUUUCCUGUGUUGUACAAAUACUAUAAAAAUAAACGCUUUUUAAGAUUAUCUAAUAAAUAUGGGAGAGAUUAUCAGUUCGCAUGUUGUUCAUCUAAAACUGCUAAUGUAAUUUCAAUGUUUCUCUGUAA